AUGAACGCGAGCGACGACACCUUUGGGCCUCGCCUCGAGGGCGAAUUCGACUUCACUUUGCUGUUUGAACAAAGCAUAUUGUCCAUCCUCCCCUCCGUGUUGCUAAUUUGUGUCGCUGCGGUGCGCAUUGGAUGGUUAUGUCGCAGACAAGUUCAAGUUCCGACUGGAACGCUUCUGGGAGCAAAGUUGGGCAUCGCAGGUCUUCUGAUGUGCUUGCAGCUUGCUGCCCUAGUCCUAUGGUCUCUAUCAAGCAGCCUACCAACACGUACAUCCAUUCCCGCCGCCACGUUGUGCUUGAUCGCAUCCGGCGUCAUUAGCGCCCUAAUCUAUGUCGAGCACAGACGCUCAGUUGGUCCCUCGAAGAUUCUCUCGGGUUAUUUGUUUCUAACAACCCUACUCGAUAUCGCUCAGGCCCGGACCCUGUUCCGACGAGCCGAAGUCCAGCCUCUAGCUGGGGUCUUCGCGGCCAGCCUAUUGUGCAGACUCGUCUUACUGUUCUUGGAAGAGAUUCCUAAGAGAUCAUUGUUACCGCCCAUACUCAAAAACAUUACGUCUCUCGAGAAAGCAAGUGGUCCACUAAACCGAACCGUAUUUUGGUGGCUGAACGGUCUUUUCCGCCAGGGGUUCGGAGGAUUGCUGUCUCUGGGAAACCUGUCCAUCAUCCACGCCAAGUUCGCAUCACGGCCGCUUCAAGAAAGUCUGAAUCGGGCAUGGCAAGAAUGCAGCAAGCGACAAAAGCAUUGUCUUACCAUUGCCACUUUCUACACUUUCAGGUCGACGUGUGCAUUGGUUGUGCUGCCUCGAUUAUGUCUUUCGGGGUUACGGUUUGCCCAGCCAUUUCUUAUUAAGAGAGUUGUUGAAUUUGUCAGCGAAUCAUCUACAGAUGAGACGAGGGGGGUAGCUGGAGGGCUGAUUGGCGCUACAGCGCUGGUAUACGUUGGAAUGGCCGUCAUGCGUGCUUACUAUCAGCAUCUCAACUUCCAGCUCACGACAAUGAUUCGUGGCGGCCUUGUUGCCUUGAUAUUUGAGAAGACUUUGAGAGUCGAUGCAGCGAAAGCGCGGGAAGGCGACGCCAUUAGCCUUAUGAGUGCUGAUAUUGAAGGAAUUGAACCUGGAAUUGGAAUCGUUCAUGAAGUCUGGGCGGCCAUGGUUGAGCUUGGAAUUGCCCUUUACUUGCUUGAGAUACAGGUCGGAGCUGCAUGCUUCUUCGUGGUCAUUCCCGCUACUACCGCUUGGUUGAUAACGUCCAGACUGAUGAAAGCAAUGCGCCCCGCGAGAAUGAUUUGGGGCAAAGCAAUUAAGGAACGGGUUUCUGCUUCAUCGGCGAUGCUCGCACAGAUCAAGUCGCUAAAGAUGAUGGGUUUAACCCAUUAUAUCUCAAGGUCCAUCCAAAAUCUCCGCGUUCAUGAAUUAGAUGUGUCGAGGAAGUUUCGGCUGGCACUUAUACGCAUUCUUACAACAGGACGACUCGCGGAUCAGAUGACACCCGUUAUUGUGAUCGCAGGCGCAGUUUUCUGGACGAAACGCACCGAGGAAGAGGAGUUCACCGUAGCCGAAGUUUUUGCUGCCCUAGCCAUCAUCUCAUUGGUUUCUUCGCCCAUCUCACAGCUCAUCUCUUGUCUUCCCAAUAUAAUGGCCUCCGUUGGCUGCUUCGAUCGCAUCCAAGAAUACCUAUUGGAAGAGGACGUUGAUGAUUCUGGCUCUCAUCUAUCAUCUUUGCAGUACAGCACGGGCCCCGGAAACGCGACCUGUCUCCCGUUGGAUACCCCUGUUGAACUGAUCGGGCUGAAGCCGCAGGAGUUUCUUGGGACAUCGAAUCCAAUUGCGGUUAUUGUCAAAGAUGGAACAUUCACGCCUUCCGAUGCAGACUCACCCAUUCUGCACAAGCUUGACCUAUCUAUUCAUCGGUCGUCUUGUACGAUGAUCAUUGGUGCAGUUGGCUCGGGCAAAACAACCUUACUCAAAGUCAUACUUGGAGAAAAGACUUUGUCGGAAGGCUGUAUUCGGAUCGAUCGCAAUCAACUUGCGUAUUGUGACCAAACCCCGUGGCUUCGGAACGUAUCGGUGCGGAAAAACAUUAUUGGCCCCUACGCUGAUGACGAUUCGUGGCUUGCCACCGUCGUCCGAGCUUGUGCGCUUGAGAAGGAUCUUGCUCUGCUCCCCAAUGGUGAUCAAACCCUAGUCGGAAGCGGGGGAGUUGCCUUGAGUGGCGGUCAAAAGCAUCGCGUAGCUUUAGCACGGGCCGUAUAUUCACGCAAACCUAUUCUCGUCCUGGACGAUAUGUUAAGCGCCUUAGAUAACGCGACCGCCGCAUUAAUUCUAAAGAGACUUCUAGGAAAGGAUGGGCUUCUGUGCUCAAUGGGGGUUACAGUCAUCCUCGCAACACACUCAGUCCACCACCUGCCUGUCUCUGACUUGAUCAUCGUUUUAGCCAAACCUGGCCACAUCGCUCAAAAAGGCAGUUUCGCCGAAUUGCAAAGUCAGAAUGGCUAUGUUCGAGAUCUAGCUCUAGAUCAGAGCUCUCAAGCCAGAUGUGAAGAUGAUGAAAGCAUCGAGAACGAAGCGAAAUCUGUACCACAGGCCGAGCCUGCAAGAGAAGAUCCUGAAUUGUUGGAUCUCAAACGGCAGACAGGAGACGUGAGUCUGUAUGCGUUCUAUCUUAAGUCCGUCAGCGCUACCAUUGCACUUUGCUGGCUAGGUCUAGCCGUUCUCUACACGGGCCUCUCCAAGGUACCUGACGUAUGGGUUCGAAUAUGGGCUGAACAGGGGAUGAACCACAAUUCCGGCUACUACUUCGGAUCCUACUUUGCUUUGGCCUUUUCGUGUGUAUUGGCAUCGGCCCUGAGCGUUAGUUUCUUUAUGCUAGUCAUUGUACCAAAGUCGUCUCAGCACCUUCAUUGGUUGUUCCUCAACUCGGUGAUGAAGGCACCACUGUGGUUCUUCACCACUACGGAUAGCGGCGUGACCCUAAACAGGUUCGCUCAAGACAUGACGCUCCUUGACAAUCGACUGCCCGUAGCCGCAUACCACACUCUAUACGACAUCCUGUUUGUCCUACUCAGUACUGCCUUGAUUGCUGCUGGUGCACAGUACGUGGCAGCAGUAAUACCUAUCAGCGUCAUUGUCCUAUACUUCCUCGCAAGGUACUACCUGCGCACAUCCCGACAGAUACGAUAUCUUGAUCUUGAAGCCAAAACACCUUUGUUUACCCUGUUCGCCGAAGCGAUCGAUGGCCUGACUACUAUCAGGGCUUUCGGCUGGAAGCAGCCAUUCCUCGAGGAGAACUUGAGACUUCUCGACGAAUCGCAGAAACCUUAUUACCUCUUGUUCUGCAUCCAGCGUUGGCUCGCCGUCGUCCUCGAUCUGUUCGUGGCUGCUAUUGCGAUCGUCCUGGUUGCCUUCGCCGUGGAAUUCCGCAACACAACAACACGAGGUGCCAUUGGCGUUGCCAUGAUCAAUAUCCUCGGGCUCAAUACAGAGCUGUCCGAGCUCGUUAAUAAUUGGGCUGAUCUGGAAACCUCCCUGGGUGCUAUUGCUAGAUUGCGUUCCUUCUUGCAACAUACGCCAAAAGAGGACAAGCCUGGCAGAGACGGGCGCGUGGACGCGGCCUGGCCUUCCCGAGGGCUCAUAGAGCUGAAGGGUGUCUCGGCAGCUUAUAGGGCUAAUGACAACCUUGUGCUUCAUAAUUUGUCCCUCACUGUGCUACCUGGACAGAAGAUUGGAAUCUGCGGUCGUACCGGAAGUGGGAAGAGUUCCUUCAUAUUAAUGCUCCUCUCUCUCCUCGAGCUAGAAUCAGGCUCCGUCCAUAUUGAUGGUCAAGAUCUCUCCAAAGUAUCCAGGGACUUGCUACGAACCCGCAUAGCCACCCUGCCUCAAGAUUCCAUCAAGUUAUCUGGCAGCGUGCGUCAAAAUCUCAUGGCUGCUGAGGCGAGUCUCUCGUGCCAAACCGCCGGCAGAUGCAACGAGAACGCGCGCCUGACACUGGCCCUGACAAAAGUCGGUAUGUGGGACUUGAUCCAGGAGCGCGGCGGCCUCGAUGCAGACUUCAGCGCCAUGGACCUGUCGCAAGGCCAACUGCAAUUGUUCUGUCUUGCGCGCGCCAUACUCCACGGCAACAAGCGUUCUAUCGUACUUUUGGAUGAAUCGACGAGCAACACCGACCGGGAGACGGACCAGCGGAUAAUGCAUGUUAUACGCGAGGAGUUCAAGCACUGCACUGUCAUUACCGUUGCACAUAGGCUAGAGACUAUCGUGGAUAGUGACCUUGUCGUUGUCAUGAACGCAGGCAGGAUCCAGGAGGUUGGGGAACCAAAGGUGCUAUUAGGCCAAAAGGAGUCUAAGUUUAGGAUACUGUGGGAUAGUCGAAACGCUUAA